AUGGUGAAUCUGGAAGUUUUUAUAAAUUGGGAGACCUUCGCCUCUACUGGUUUCCAGUUCAGGAGGGCCCACAACACGGUCCCCAAGAUAGUGCACGAAGUGUGCAUAGCUAUAUAUGAAGUUUUGGCACCUGACUUCAUCAAGCUACCAUCAACGCCGGGCGAGUGGAGACAAGUUGCCCGGGGGUUUGAAGAGUUCUGGCAGUUCCCGCAUUGUCUGGGCGCCUUAGAUGGCAAACAUGUGACCAUCUGCCCACCUCUGGGUACAGGAGCCAUGUACCGGAACUACAAGGGCACAUUCAGCAUUGUGCUGAUGGCUCUUGUAGAUGCCGACCUCAAGUUCCUGUACGCAGAUGUGGGCAGGAAUGGACGGAUGAACGAUAGCGGUGUCUGGGCUGCCACAAGCUUACGGGCACAUAUCGACCGUGGCUCUGCUGGUUUCCCGGAGCCAGCACAGCUGCCAAACUCAUCGAAGGUGGCACCGUUCGUUAUUAUUGGUGACGAAGGGUUUGGACUCAAGCCGUACCUGCUGAGGCCCUUUCCAGCAGCUGAGCUAAAGGAUCCAGAGACGAUGUUCAACUAUCGACUCUCCCGGGGACGUCGCAUUGUGGAAAACAGCUUCGGAAUCCUCCGCAACCGGUUCCAAGUCUACGGGCACCCUCUUCGGCAAAAGCCUCACAGGGCUGUCAAAGUUGUGAAGGCAACAAUUGCAUUGCACAAUUUCCUCCGGACGAAGAACAGUUCAAGGGGGAGAUACACGCCUCCAGAAAGUCUCGACGUUGAGGACGUCCUCACAGGAACAGUACGCGGUGGCACAUGGAGGAAAGACGUGAACGACAAGGUAGUCUUCCCUGUGCAACGCAUUGGCGGCAAGCCAUCAACCGACGCCAAAGCCGUUCGGACGGUCUUUAAGGAGUACUUCUGGGAUGAAGGCCAAAUCUCUUGGCAGUGGAAGUUACUGAAGUAAUGCCACCACAACGACCUGUGAAGAUAUGGCUGCUUCCACGAGGGCCUUAUGCGCGGCAAGCAUGCCCAGCUGCCUGCUGGUACCCCUUGGUAUCGUCCGAGCAAGCCCCUCCAUCAUCAGGCCAAAGCCCCGACACUCAUCAGGCUCCACCUCCCUGGCAGACUUGAGGCUGUUUACAGCUGCCUGCAGCAGUGCCGCCUUGUUUGUCGCCAGUUCCUCCGUGCUGUGACGGCGGCUCCUUUUGGCCGGUGCCUCAGGUGGUGGGCUUUCGUCUUCGGACCUGUAGUCAUCGGGCACAUGGCAGGAAUCCUGCAGACAAUUUGUGUUGCAUCUUAUCUUUUUCUUUCAUUUGCAAGUG